AUGAGUGCCAGUGUGCUAAAGCUUUUUAUUAUUGUACCACAGCGGCAUCAGUCGUUCUCUGCAGCUGCCAACAUGAUGAAGGACUGCCUGCAGUUCCUCAUCGAGCCGGCCAAAAAGCUCAAGAUCCGACUCAAGGAGUCACGUAAGAAAGUAAGGCAUGAAAGGAAAGAGCCAUUGGUGGAAAGUCAAUUAUUCAUAAUGGAACUGGCCCGUGAACUCAAUCGAGUGUGCCAACGGUCAUAUGUCCUGGCCCAUAUCUGGACCAGUGAGGACACGUGGCCUGCCAACGUGUGUCGGGAUUUCAUCGUGGAAUGGGCUGCAGUGGUAGAGAAGAAAGUACAGCCAAGGACCGUCCCUGUGGAGUAUCAGUGUGAGAAGCCAGGGAAGAAGGACUGGAAGGGUCACCUUCUCAGUAUGCUGGAGUCAGGGGGAGAGUACGACAUGGGACAAUACAAAAGAAUUAUUAUGGACUGGACACGAGAGACCAGAAGCAGGCCUGAGCCCACUAUCUGGCCAGGGGAGCCUGUGCUGAUGAUGCUGGAUGACCUGGAAUUUCAGUGGAAGAGGGGCCGUCUGCCCAACCUGCUCCCAGCCAUGGAGCUUGUCAUGCUGGUCGUGCUGAACGCUGACAGUCCUGACAAGGAGGAUGUUACCAAGCAAUGGCUGGUGAGAAAGCAGAAAGGCCAGAGGAUUGAUGCUGCCCGCUACAUUCCCCACAGUGUGUGGAGCUGGAUCUGCGAUGCUUCAGAGGAAGUCACCCUGGACUCGGACACAGCCAACGCCGACCUGGUGAUCUCAAGUGACGAGAAGCGCAUGCGCUGCGGCCUGGAGCGCCAAGACCUGCCCUGGCGCCCGCAACGCUUUGACGGCUGGUGGUGCGCCCUGGGCCGCGAGGGCUACGCCUCCGGGCGCCACUACUGGGAGGUGGAGGUGGGCGAGCGGGACUGGCGGCUGGGCGUGGCCAAGGUGUCCGCCCUGAGGAAGGGCUACCGCUCCCUCAACACCUACACAGGCUACCUGACGCUGCGCCUGGAGAGGGGCACAGAUCUGAAGGCGCUGACGGUGCCCGCCACCCCGCUGCCCCGGAGCUUGGCGCCCAGGAAGGUCGGGGUGUACCUGGACUACGAGCAGGGCCAGCUGUCCUUCUACGACGUGGAGAAGCGCUCGCACAUCUACACUUACAAUGAGAAGUUCACGGAAAAGUUGUACCCGGUGUUUGGGACUGUGGAGGUGGUCAAAGACCUGGUCAUUAGACCAGCAGAUGCCCGGGCGCCCUGUCUCUGCCAGGGACCCUGUCUAUGGAACUGAACUGUUUGCUCUGUCUAACGCGCAUAGCUCCUCUGAUCUUCAGCGGCCCAAAUGAAUUCACGCCUUUGUUUGGAGCCAGCGCUGCAAACACGGCUCGUUUCACUCCGGUUUCGGUAGUCCUGCUGGGUUACAGGUAGAACACGGUCUUCUUAUGGGCUGCCUUAUCAUACAAGAGAUAAGAGCAUCAUCCCGCAGUUACACAUCUUCCUGCUCUGCCUUCACCGGAGGGGUAUGUGACUGUUUAUUGGUUGUAAAAGAGUCAUACUUUUUUUUUCUUCAUUAUAUUUUGCUUGUUUUUCAUAUUCCAAACAUUGAAUCGAAGCCUGUUUAAGAGGCAAACGUUGUCUUGUUAAAUUUGCGAGGGCACUGUGAAAGGGUGUGUGAGCACAAGCUCCUCUAAAGCUUCUGAGCAGUUAAACAGUGUAGAUCAUUUGCAUAUACACACAAAUCAGCGGCCAUGUAGAAACUGUCUCGGGCGACGGUAAAUGUCGACAGCUAAUUCUCAAUACACUUCUCUCCUCUCUGUCUCAAGCGUGGUGCGGUCAUUCUUGUCAUGUAUUACCAUUUUGUUUUUUGGGGUUUUUUUGUUUAGUUUUGUUUUUUUGCAGUUCUGUUCAUGUUCACAUGCUCUGUGCACACUAUUGUGAUGGCAAUGCUUUUCUCAAAAUAUAAAUAAAUUACA